AACAACUACCUGUCGCGUUUGGGUGCAACGUCCGAGUCGCUUAACGCGCUCAUUGGAAAGACCAGCGCAUGGUUUUUUGCCCAGCCUAUGUGGCGCCGCUGCUUAAUCGUGCUCAUUCUCUGCUUCGGCGGGACCGUGGGACUCCUUGUUCUCAUCUUCCAUAAGAAAAUCCUCGAGGUUAUGAUCAACUCGUCCGCGCACUGGGCCAAGAUGCGCGGGGGCCGCCUUAUCAUGUUUGCACUCGUCUUUACUGUGGGGUUCCCACCGUUGAUCGGCUUCAGUGCGUUAUCCACACUUACCGGCAUGAUCUAUGGCUUUCCAUACGGUUGGCCGCUCCUUGCGUCCGCCUCAGUCACGGGCUCGCUCUGCUCGUUUGUGGUGUUUCGCUAUUUUCUCAUCGAGCGCGCGCAGGGCUUUGUCAAGACAAAUCGCAACUUUGCAGCAUUAAGCGCGAUCAUGCGUGAGGAUAAACGUCUUACGUUGUUGAUUUUGGUCCGGUUGUGCCCCUUACCAUACUCCUUGUCCAAUGGCGCCUUGGCUGCGAUCCCAGACAUUUCCGUGAUGCGUUACUUCCUUGCGAGCUUGAUCACGUCGCCAAAGUUGUUGAUUCAUAUCUUUGUUGGUUCGAAGUUGAAGGAUAUUGGGGAAACCGACGAGAGUUCCACCCAGUUGAUCGACAUCUUGUCCAUCUUGAUCACGGGAUUGGCCGCUACGGCCACCACCUACAUCAUCUAUGUGAAAAUGCAGGCCAAGCUCCAGGAGUUUGAGCUGACCCAUCCGUCCGACGGCGCCGGCUCGUUUGACCUCUACGACCAGCUUGAAGCUGGGAAU